AUGGCGCUGUCUGGUGUGAAAAAUGCCCAAAAAAUACCCACGCCACAAAACCAUGUUCGGGAAACGGGAGGAGGAUUGCGGAGAGAGGCCGCGUGCAGAAAGAAAUUAAUCCUCCAACCAAAACGAGAGUUUUCUGCAACAACAUCAAGCUGCAACCAGAAGCAGUUUGGGAAUCGACUUGGAGACCACAACAGACGCGUCAAAGGAUUAUUUAUCAUUCCUAGAGUUAUCGACGCAGACUAUGCGGGGCGGAUUCACAUUAAGGUCCAUACCCUUUGUCCUCCUCUAUUUGUACCAAAAGGCAACCGAAUAGCACAAAUUGUAGUGAUAAAUAACCCACUUGACUAUUCUCCAGCGAAAGCUCUCUGUGGAAAUCAGAAUUUUGAUUCCACAAGCCCAACAGUAUAUUUCACUACGAAGAUGGAUCACCAACCUACCAUGCAUGUCGUGUUGAGUCAGAAGAACUCAUCAGUACAAAUCUACGCAAUGCUAGACACCGGAGCUGACGUCACGAUCAUAAGCACGGUUGUCUGGCCAGAGGAGUGGCCAGUAGGUGCUCCCGCAACAGCUAUCGCAGGUGUAGGGGGACACUCUACCCCCAUGAUGAGCAAAUACCCUGUGCGAAUAAUUUUCCCUGAGGGGCAAGAGGCCAAUUUGAAGGUUUAUGUUAUGCAACUGCUUGGAACUCUUGCAGCCCUAAUUGGGCGUGAUGUUUUGAGUCAGAUUGGAGUCGUGCUGACUACUACUCCUUUUUUUAUGGGCACUGGCGAGCAGUCGCCCAACCCACCGCUAACCUGGCUUUCCAACGAACCCGUGUGGGUUGACCAGUGGCCCAUGACAGAAGAGCGACUGCAAAUAACAAGACAAUUAGUAGCAGAACAACUCACUGCAGGCCACAUCAGGCCUUCAGUUAGCCCAUGGAACACCCCCAUUUUCGUCAUUCCAAAAAAGAGCGGUAAAUGGCGCCUCUUACACGACCUACGUAAGAUUAACGAGCAAAUGCAACCCACGGGAGCUGUACAACCCGGAAUGCCAUCACCUGCUAUGCUUCCGUCGGUAAUCAUUGUUGAUUUAAAAGACUGCUUCUUCACUAUUCCUUUGCACCUGCAAGACACUCAGUGAUUUGCCUUUUCAGUACUGGUUACCAACAAAGCAGCGCCCUCAGAGCGAUAUGAGUGGGUGGUUCUGCCACAGGGCAUGAAAAACUCACCCACGCUAUGUCAACUCUGUGUAGCUUGGGCAUUAGCACCACUCAGGAAACAAUGGCUGAACACAAUCAUUUAUCAUUAUAUGGAUGACAUCCUUUGCUGUCAACAGGAAGCAUUCGACGACCAUUCCUUGAUGCAGCUGACUACUGUUUUAGCCAGCAAAGGCCUUGUUGUCGCUCCAGAAAAGGUUCAGCGAUCUGCACCGUGGAAGUAUCUUGGAUGGCGCAUUUCUGACGCCAAAAUCCAACCACAAAAGGUGGAACUAGCAACGAACUUCUGCACGUUAACUGAUGUACAGACUUUACUCGGAGAUAUUCAGUGGGUGUGCAACUGUGCUGGCAUUUCCAAUGCCGAGAUUGUACCGUUGACGUCGCUGCUACGCGGUUCACACCCUAGCACUGAGAUCACCCUAUCAGAGACCCAGCAAACAGCUUUGCAACACAUCGUACAGAAACUUCAAGCAGCCUGGACUGCUAGACGACCCCUAAACCUACCUGUCUUCUCGCUUAUUUGCAACCAUGAAGAGUUGCCUUAUGCCCUUGUUUGCCAGUGGCAAAACAAGAAAGGGGAGACUCGCCCCUGUGUAGUGUAA